AUGGAGCUGGAUCCUGCACUUCCUGCUUUCAGUCGUACUGUGCUGCUCUCUAGGCCUGGGCCAUUUGUCCUGCUGGGGGUGCCAGGUCUCGAGGCCCUGCAUGCCUGGCUUUCUGUCUCCAUGUGCCUACUGUACUUGGCAGCUCUGAUAGAGAAUUCUCUUCUACUGAGGCUGGUGGCAACUGACAAGGCACUUCAGACUGUAAUGUAUCAGCUACUGGGGCUUCUGGACGCUGCUGACCUGAUUCUGGCCACAUCCACAGUGCCCAAAGCUCUGGCUGUGCCCUGGGGCUUGUCCAGUGAGAUCUCCUUUGGAGCCUGUCUAGCUCAGCUCUUUGUUGCCCAUGUGGCCUUCAUUGCUGAGUCCUCUGUGCUGCUGGCCAUGGCUGUGGACCGCUACGUGGCCAUUUGUCAGCCUCUGUGCUAUGGGGCCUUGCUGACCCAGAGCGUGGUGGGCUUAGUGGCUGUAGCCGCUGUGACCCGUGGUGCCUUCGUCAUGCUGCCCCCUGUGGUCCUGCUCCAGAGACUGCCUUACUGUGGGCAGAGGGCCCUACCGCACACCUACUGUGAGCACAUGGGUGUGGCUCGCCUGGCAUGUGGAGACACAUGCCCCAACGUCUGGUAUGGACUGGCCACCACACUGCUCUCCCCAUGCCUGGACCUGGGCCUUAUCACUGCCUCCUAUGUCCUCAUACUCCAUGCUGUCUGCAGCCUGCCAUCUCAAGGUGCCCGUCACAAGGCCUUGGGUACCUGUGGGGCCCAGGCCAGUGUCCUUGUUCUCUUCUACAUGCCUGCCCUCUUCUCCUUCCUAGCUCACCGUUUUGGUCACCACACAGUGCCUGACCAUAUCCACAUCCUCCUGGCAAACCUCUACGUGGUGCUUCCCCCCGCCCUCAAUCCUGUGGUCUAUGGAGUACAGACCCAGCAGAUCACUCAGAGGCUGAGGCACUUGCUUCGGCUUUUCUGGGCAGGGCCACUGAGGAAGGUGGGCUCUGAGAGGGCUUUUCCCCAGGAAUGA